AUGAAGUUUCCAUUAGCAAGUGUGAUUGCGCUCUCGGCCUUGACAGCGGUCAGUCAAGCACAGGCGGAAGACGCACUCUACAGCAGGCGCAUUGCCAAGCGUGAUGUCGACGCCGAAGGAAACUACAACAUCUCCUUCUUCCACGUCAACGAUGUUCACGCCCAUCUGGACGAGUUUUCUUCCUCGGGAACCGACUGCACCCGUCCGGAACGAGGCUGCUAUGGUGGUUAUUCCCGCAUCAAGACUGUCGUCGAGGAGAAGCGGCCGAGCUACAACGACAGCCUCUGGCUCAACGUCGGAGAUGAGUUCCAGGGCACGCUGUUCUACUCCUUCUACGGCGGCGAGAAGAUUGCCGAGACUCUCAACCAGAUGAACUUCUCCGCCAUGACCCUGGGAAACCACGAGUUCGACGGCGGUGAUGAAGAGCUGGGUCAGUUUCUCGAGAAUCUGACGUUUCCCAUCAUUUCUGCCAACAUCCACUCGCAGAACGAAAAGGUCAACAAAUCGAUCAAGCCGUACCACAUCUUUGAGGAGUACGGCCUGGCUCUGAUUGGCGUUACCACGGACGAGACCCCCAGCAUCGCGAACCCGGACGAGACCACCAUCUUUUCUGACGUUGUCGAAGCUGUGCAAGGUGCCAUUGACGAGAUCAAGGCUACCACCAACAUCACCAGGAUCGCCGCCAUCACCCACAUUGGCUACGACAAGGACCAGGAGCUCGCCAAGGCUACCAAGGGCCUGCAGCUGAUCAUGGGCGGCCACAGCCACACGCUGCUUGGCGACAUGGAGGACGCCGAGGGCAAGUACCCGACCAUCGUCGACAACGCGGAUGGCGAUGAGGUUUUUAUCGUCACCGCGUACCGCUGGGGUGAAUACGUGGGCUACAUAGAUGUGACGUACGAUCCGCAGGGCAAGAUUGUGGCCUACCACGGCGCGCCCAUCCACGUCACCAACACCACCGAGCAGGACGCCGGUCUCCAGGCCCAGAUCGAGUCAUGGCGCGGCCCGUUCGAGGAGUUUGCUGCUGAGGUCCUCGGAACAAGUGAGGUCGAACUCGACCAAACCACGUGCCAGCGCCAGGAAUGUCUGCUCGGUGACUUUAUGGCCGACGCCAUGCUCGCCUACCGCAGGAACAACACCGAGGACGUCGACUUUGCCAUCAUCAACGCCGGCGGUAUCCGCGCAACCAUCGACCAGGGCGACAUCACCCGCGGCGAGGUCCUCACCUCCUUCCCGUUCGGCAACUCCAUUGUCCAGAUCGAGAUUGGCGGAAAGGAGCUGUGGGAAGUGCUGGAGGGUAUUGUGACUCGUGUGAAUGUGGCCAACGGAAAAGACGUCACCUCGUUCUUCCAGGUCUCCACCGGCAUCAAGGUCGAGUACAAUCCCAAGAACAGCAACGGCACCAAGCUCGUCACUGUUACCGUCGGCGGCCAGCCCCUGAACAACGACACCACUUACCAGGUCGUUACUCUCGACUUCAUCGCCGGGGGUGGCGACAACUUCUUUACCCCCACCACCGACUUCGUCAGCCUCGACACCCAGGACGAGGUCCUCACCCAGUACAUCCUGGCCCAGUCGCCUGUCAACAUAGCGCUCGACAAGCGUAUUGAGGUUGUCGACCGCCAGCGCAACACCACCGGAAACGGAACGACCUCGAACACCGGAAGCGCUGUCCCUGAAGCCACUGGUGCGGCUGUGCGUUUGGGGUUUAACUUUGUCGCUUUCAUUGUCGCGAUUGGUCUGAAUUUAAUUUUAUAA